GCGAGUCGCCCGCGAGUCGGAGCGCCACUCAGUCUCGAACUCGCUCGCUCACUCACUGAGUCGCAGCUCCAUUCGAAAGAUGUGACCUCUGUACUAGCACGGAUUUCAAGUAAAAGAGAAGGCAUUCUCUCGUUUCCUGCCAUGUUGGCUUCUGAUCCGAGCUGAAGGACGCGAGGAAGAGGAGAAGAAGAUGGGUCAUAGGUGGUUUUGGUACUUGUCUGCUGCUGAAGUAAUAUCUUGAAUUGCUUGAGUAGGAAACAGAGCGGCAUUCAAAUAUGAAAAUAUGUUGGGGCAGUAAAUCAGAUGAAGAAUUGGUAUUUCUUGGGAACAGUCAAAGGGGCAUUAAGGAUUGAAAUAAUUUAAAUAUCCAUCUCUGGGAAAAUUUUCUUGCCCUGCUUUGAAAGAAGAGAUCAUUGCAUGUGAAUAAAUCUCCAAUAGAAUGUGAUGAGGGACCAGACUGCAAAGUUAGGACGCUGGGCUUUCAGGUUGGAGUAAUAGUUCAGUGACUUGGAUCAAUUGUUAUUCUUAAAUAAGUUAUGGAGGCAGGGCUGUGCAGUGGUAGUAGCUCAGUAGUGGACGAGAAGAGAAAAAGGAAGAGGGAGGAGAGUAAUAGAAAUGUUUCAAAUUUUGGGAUGGAUAGACAGAAUUAUUUUCCAGAGAAAAAUUCGUCGGUGAACGUGAUUAUUUCUUUACCUUCCCUAGCUGAUUCAAGCUCAGCCCUGGUGAAUGUGAUUAUUUCUUUGCCUUCCCCAGCUGAUUCUAAGGCUCAGCCAUGCAAUGAAUUAAAUCCUUUACCUGCAAACAGAAAGAAGAAGAAAAAGAAGAAGAAAAGAAAGAUACAGGAAGCAAGCACCACUCAAGGUGAUACUGGUGCAGAAGUCCCAUGUUCUGUACUGCAAGCUAAUGAGCUGGACGUUAAAUAUAAUAUAACAUGUUCCUCUGGCAAUUCCCAUCAAAGAUUGGAACAUGAGAAGAUCCGACCAACUGGUGAAGCAAACUGCCUUACCAAAAGGCAAAUGAAAAAGAAGGAGAAGAGAAAGUUGCAGAAGAGGAGGAAAAAAGAGGCAAAAGCCAAGGAGAAGGUCUCUGGGAAGAGCGAUACGCUCACUAAAAUCCCAAAUGAUGUUUCACAAAUCGCUGAAUUGGAUGAAAAUAUUCUGAAGGAAUUUUCCUCGACCUGUGUUAAGCAAAGCGACAUUGAGAAGAAUUUGUGCUCAUUAGAAAAAAAAGAUGUACAUGGAGAAGCUCAUACCCUUUUGAGUGAUUUCAGCAGUAUGAGUACCUCUUCAAAGAAGAAAAGUGUCAAAAAGCUCAAAACCGAUCAGAGGAAAAAACCAUCAUCGAGGUUAACAACAGGAAUUGUGGACAUUUCUGAGGACCUUGUACAUAAAGAGACUUCCUUUCAUUCUGAUGAAGCUCGCGUCUCUCGUCUUUUAGAUAGUAAACCAGAACAAGUAGAAGAAAGGAAACAAGUUACGUUAGCACAGGCUUCCAUAAAAACUUCGAAAGCAGAAGCUUCAGUUGAUUCUGGGCGUGUUUCUUUGUGUGAGAACUCAAAUGGGAAUGGUGGCAAGGUAAAUAGGCAGAUCGAUGAAGGAAAUCCUUCGUCAGAAUUGUUGGUAUCCGAAGGUGAUAUUAAAUCAGAUAUUAAUAUCAACAAAGGAAGCAUGCCUUGGCAAAUUCUGGAUAUAUUGUCAGAGAGGACUAGCAUUGGACCUUCUAGAAAAAAGCUUCUUAUACUUGAUCUGAAUGGACUGUUGGCAGAUAUAAUUCCAUAUGUUGGCUUGGGAUGUAAACCAGACUUAAUUGUGUCUAGAAAAGCAGUAUUCAAAAGGCCCUUUGUUGAUGAUUUUGUACAAUUUUGCUUUGAGAAAUUUGCUGUUGGGGUUUGGUCUUCAAGGACAAAUUAUUCAUUUUACAGGAGAAAUGUGGAUCCAGUUGUAGACUUUCUUAUGGGCGACUCCAAAGGAAAAUUGCUUUUCUGUUGGGAUCAGUCUCACUGUACUAUAACAAAGUUCUCUACCGUCGAGAAGAGGGAUAAGCCCCUGGUUUUGAAGGAACUUAGGAAAUUGUGGGAUAAGCUCGAGCCUAAUCUUCCAUGGGAGAAAGGAGCGUAUGAUGAGUCAAACACUUUGUUGUUGGAUGAUUCUCCAUACAAAGCCCUUCGCAAUCCGGCAAACACUGGAAUAUUUCCCUACUCAUACCACCAUAGAGAAGCCAAAGACAAUUCUUUAGGACCUGGAGGUGACCUGCGGGUCUACCUAGAAAGCUUAGCUUUGGCUGACAAUGUUAGGAAAUAUGUGGAGCAGAAUCCAUUUGGUCAAAGAGCAGUUACAAAUUCAAAUCCAUCCUGGAAAUAUUAUAAGAGGGUGUUGGCUUCAGACCCACCUGAAGAUGCUACUUCUAUAUCGAAUCAUGCAUCGGUUGAUGGAAUCGGCGUCGGCAGUGUUGGAUCAAGACAAACAACUUCCUCACCAAAAUCUGCCACGUGGAUGGACUGGGCUUUACCACAUAUUGGUGGUGAUCGAUAUGAUCCACUUUUUGACAGUAUUGAACCCUUUUCAAGUUCAGUCAAGAAAGUUGAUUGCGCACAUAAGGGGGAAUCAGUUGAUGAUAGCGAUGUCAUUUUGAGGAACAAUGAUUCAAAUACGCCAGUAGAUGUGGAAGAGAACAAUAAAAGGAAAGAGAUUAGAGCCUUCGCUUCAUCCAUAUCUGUAGAUGAUGAUGGGUUUGGUGAGACUGCAGGAGUGGAAGUUGGUGCAGUUGAGUAUUGGAGCAUCAGUAAUUUUAUUGAUGCAGCAGAUGCGACCGAGGUUGAGAUGGAGAUUGAUCAGAUUAAAUCCAUUGGAAAGAGCAAGAAGCACAAGGAUUAUAGGUCAAUGAAGCUUUUCAAAAUUGCCCUUGCCAAUUUUGUGAAGGAAGUCCUACGGCCAUCAUGGCGGCGAGGGAAUAUGAGCAAAGAGGCAUAUAAGACAAUCUUGAAGAAAACUGUUGACAAGGUAACUGGAGCUAUGAAGAGCCACCACAUGCCGAAAUCUCAAGCAGAGAUAAAUCACUACAUUGAUUCUUCACAACGCAAGCUGACAAAACUUGUGAUGGGUUACUUAAUGCCACCUUGUUGGUGCUUUUGCAGGGAUAUGUUGAUAAGUAUGUCAACGUGUAGAUAUGAAACUGAUGGAUUUCAAGGCCUUAUAUAUCUAUCAUACCAGAGGUUUGGCUGAGCUGUGGACAAUUUGGAUGUUGAAAUGAUAUUGAGCAGAUAUUUCAACCCACCAACCGUUUGCUCUAGUCUAUGGAUGGGAGUGAAAAUUGAUUUUGAGGUUAGGGAAAGAAAGCACCCCGUUACUGCAGAGCCCGUGUACAUAUUACCCGGCUCGGGUCAGACUUUUUUGUGUAUUCAUGUAAAAAGCUUCACUUGAUCCCGAAAGUAGUACAACCUCCUCUGGAAGUUUUAGCUUCCAAAGUCGGAUUCGUCUUUGUGAAGGUGUGUUAUCAAGGUUAUGUGAUGAGAGACUGACGGUCUUGUUCCUUGUUGUGAGCAUAUGUUUCAUAUAAUAUCACCAGAUAAUGCAUGUUUCUUUUGUUAA